AUGGCUUCUCAAACUAUCAAGAACACCAGAAAUAAUCGUCGCAAAUGGAUCUGGCUUGCCCCGUGGUCAACUUGGUCGUUCACCCUGCGGCUGAUGCUCAUAUUAGGAGAGAGUUUGAAGUCUUCCGCGCCUCCUCUUCCGAAGCAAAUGCUCGAGGCCGUCUACAAACCAACGAAAACAUCCCUGGCAACCUAUGUCGAACAGACGAAGUCAACGUUGCACACUUUGGCCCAGUACGCGCAAGAGCUGGAAAACAUCAUGAGCAUUAAAUUUCAAACUUCGGUCGAUACGGUUCCCAGAGGCAUGCGUCACAUCACCCUGUUGUACCAUCAGUGCGUCAUUGUUGCCACCAGACCCCUGCUCCUCUCUAUUUUGAAGGAAAGGCUGGACAUGGUCGAUAAAGUCGCCGAUGUAGACUGGGAGAGCAUUCUGAACCAUACAGCCGGUAUCAUAUCUUCUGGGAUCAAGUCAGCCUCCAAAACGCUACAGGUACUAUCAAGCGAGUACAGCCUUCUCGAAGUAUUCCUUCCUUAUGAUCUAGAGUUUACGUACGGCGCAGCACUUCAUCUUGCCAUGGCAGGCGCAAUAUUUCCGGACGUCUCUGAAGAUCACACAAGCAAUCAAGCAGCACAUGAGAUCCUAUCCGACAUGGUCACGAGAGGGAACCGAGUGGCAGGUGUGCGAAGGACUGAGCUGCUGCAUGUGGAGCUACUGUUCAAAAAGCUUGAAGAGCAACUGAAAAGCCGCGGUCAUUACAGUCUCAAGCUUCCGCGUGCCAUGGAUCUGGGCCCGAAUCCCGAGGAAGACAGGCAAAACGCGUCAAACAUGGAAGCAGACACGAACGCCGCGGCGAUGAUCACCGGAGCCGUGGACCUUUUUCCGCUCGUGCCACCUUCAGACUCAGGGAAUGCUGAUUUUCUCGAUCUUCUCGACAGUGUUGGUAUCUCUUCGGAAGAGUUCUUUUCCAUCACACAGGGAAUGGGAGACGUUGAGGAUAUCCCGGAAGGUGUUUUGAGGAUGUAUUGA